AUGAUGUCCGUGACUCGAACCCUGCUGGUGGUAGCGGCAGUAGCAGCAGCGGUACUGGCUGAGGCAGAAUACCCAGCACCAUGCUACCCCGAGACCAUCUAUGUCACCCAGUACCAGACGCAGGUCCAGCAGGUUCCAGUAUAUGAGACGGUCUAUAAACAGGAGUACAUACCCACUACAUACUACCACACCCACUUCAACACCCAACACAAGACCCUCCACCACACCCAGUACGUCCCCAAGUACAUCACGGACGUGGUCUACAAGACCAACGUCCAGUACGUCACCAAGUACAGCACCCACUACCACACUGCCUACCACACUGACUACGCCACUAAGAUCAAGUACAUUCCCAAGUACAUUACCAAGACCCAGUACCAGACCCAGUACAGGACCGACGUAAAGUACCAGCCCGUCUACGAGACCAUCUACAAACCCAAGUACUUCACCAAGACGUACGUGAAGUACCACACGCAGUACGAGACCCAACUGGUCCCCCAGUACUACACGGUGACCAAGACCCAUCAGACCUACAAGACAGUGUGUCCCAAACCUGUCUACGGCUACGGCUUCUAA